GUGAUAAAAAUAAGGACAAAGGAGAAGUGAUAUUUCAGAAAAGAGAGAGAAACUCAAAAAGUGAAAGCCAAGGAGCAACCAUAGCUUCUUAUCUCGCCACCAUAAACACUGUUAAGCAAUGCCACUUUGCUUUUAACUCUCUCUCUCUCUCUCUCUCUCUCUCUCUCUCUCUCUCUCCCCCAAGUCUCAAGUCUGUCAAACCAUAAACUCAACAACCCAAUUCUUUAGCUGCAUUGUCAUCCUCUUCCUUGUUCUGUCAGUCCUCUACCACCACAGCUUGUAAAUGGCCAAAAUCUGAAGCUGCUGCUUUUAGCUUCAAAGGAGGUAAUUAUAUGUACCUGUAGUUCUUUUCCAUUUCUGCAAUUACUAUGAACAACCUUAAGCUCGGGGUAGACGUAGUUAGCGCUCACAACCUUUUGCCUAAAGAUGGGCAAGGUUCGUCCAAUGCCUUUGUGGAGCUUUACUUUGACGGUCAGAGGUUCCGUAGCACUCUUAAAGAAAAGGAUCUCAACCCUGUUUGGAAUGAGAGCUUCUACUUCAACAUAUCGGAUCCUUCCAACCUCCACUAUCUUACACUUGAGGCCUAUGUCUACAAUAAUGUCAAAGCUACCUACUCCAGGUCCUUCCUUGGAAAGAUAAGCCUCACAGGGAAUUCAUUUGUUCCUUAUUCUGAUGCUGUUGUCUUGCAUUACCCUUUGGAAAAGCGUGGCAUCUUUUCUCGUGUAAGAGGAGAGCUUGGCUUAAAGGUUUAUGUUACUGAUGACCCAUCAAUUAGGUCCUCCACCCCAAUUCCUGCUGUUGAAUCUCUAGCAAAUUCGGAUCAUGAACAGGCUCAAGGAGAUUCAAAUCCUAUUAUGAACUCUUUUCGAAAGGAGAAGGUUGAGAUGAGACACACCUUUCAUCAUCUUCCUCAUCCAGGUCAUGAUCAACAACACCAGCAUCAUGCUUCUGCUGCACCAGAUUCCCACUAUGUACCCAAGUAUGAAGCUGAUCAAAUGAAAUCUGAACAACCACAGCCUGCAAGGCUCGUUCACAUGCACUCUGCUUCAUCAUCACAGCCUGUUGAUUUUGCAUUAAAAGAGACAAGCCCUUACCUUGGAGGGGGAAGAGUUGUUGGUGGCCGUGUUAUUCACGGAGACAAGACCGCAAGCACCUAUGAUCUAGUAGAACGCAUGUAUUUUCUCUAUGUAAGGGUUGUUAAGGCUCGUGAGCUUCCUGCCAUGGAUGUUACUGGGAGUCUUGAUCCAUUUGUUGAGGUGAGAAUUGGAAACUACAGAGGAAUUACAAGGCACUUUGAGAAGCAACAAAAUCCAGUAUGGAAUCAGGUUUUUGCGUUCUCAAAGGAUCGAAUGCAAGCAUCUGUGUUAGAAGUUGUGAUUAAGGACAAGGAUCUAAUUAAAGAUGACUUUGUUGGGCUAGUAAGAUUUGACAUCAAUGAGGUGCCACUUAGAGUUCCACCAGAUAGUCCUCUGGCUCCAGAGUGGUACCGGCUUGAGGACAAGAAAGGGGAGAAGAUUAAGAGUGAACUUAUGCUUGCAGUCUGGAUUGGCACCCAAGCAGACGAAGCCUUUUCUGAUGCCUGGCAUUCUGAUGCAGCUACUCCUGCUGAUAGCACACCAGCUGCCUCCACAGUGAUACGUUCGAAGGUCUACCAUGCACCAAGGUUGUGGUAUGUGCGUGUCAAUGUUAUUGAGGCACAAGACCUUUUUGCAGCAGAGAAGAAUCGUUUCCCAGAUGCAUAUGUCAAGGUACAGCUUGGAAACCAGGUUUUGAAAACAAAGACACUCCAGGCUCGGAAUCUAAACCCCCUUUGGAAUGAAGACCUUUUGUUUGUUGCUUCAGAACCCUUUGAAGAUCAUCUUGUCAUUUCAGUUGAGGAUCGUGUUGGCCCUGGAAAAGAUGAAAUCAUUGGGAGGGUCAUAUUACCACUUAACUCUGUAGAUAGGCGUGCUGAUGACCGUAUGAUCCAUUCCCGAUGGUUUAAUCUAGAAAAGCCAGUUGUUGUGGAUAUAGAUCAGUUGAAAAAGGAAAAGUUCUCAAGCCGCCUUCAUCUCCGAGUUUGUCUUGAUGGAGGAUAUCAUGUUCUUGAUGAGUCUACUCAUUAUAGUAGUGAUUUACGCCCCACAGCAAAGCAGCUAUGGAGGCCAUCUAUUGGGGUUUUAGAACUUGGAAUCUUGAAUGCGGUGGGGCUUCACCCCAUGAAAACACGUGAUGGAAGGGGCACAUCAGAUACAUAUUGUGUGGCAAAGUAUGGUCAUAAAUGGGUCAGGACAAGGACCCUUGUUGACAACCUGAGUCCAAAAUACAAUGAACAGUACACUUGGGAAGUCUUUGAUCCUGCUACAGUUCUUACUGUAGGAGUAUUUGACAACAGCCAGCUUGGGGACAAGGAUUCUCAUGGUAAAGACCUGAAGAUUGGGAAGGUUCGAAUUCGUAUCUCAACACUUGAAACAGGCCGUAUAUAUACUCACUCAUAUCCCUUGUUGGUUCUUCACCCUACUGGUGUUAAGAAGAUGGGGGAGUUGCAUUUGGCAAUUCGAUUUUCAUGCACGUCUUUUGUAAACAUGCUUUACAUAUACUCAAAGCCACUACUGCCAAAGAUGCACUAUGUAAGGCCCUUCAAUGUUAUCCAGCUUGACAUGUUACGUCACCAGGCUGUGAACAUAGUUGCAGCAAGGUUAGGCCGAGCUGAGCCACCACUUAGGAAGGAAGUGGUGGAAUACAUGUCUGACAUGGACUCGCAUCUUUGGAGCAUGAGACGGAGCAAAGCAAAUUUCUUCAGGCUUAUGACAGUUUUCUCAGGAGUAUUUGCUGUUGGAAAAUGGUUUACUGAUAUAUGCAUGUGGAAGAAUCCUAUAACCACAGUGCUUGUCCAUGUUCUCUUCCUUAUGCUUGUUUGCUUCCCAGAACUAAUUCUGCCCACAGCUUUUCUUUACAUGUUUCUGAUAGGGAUAUGGAACUUCCGCUACAGGCCUAGAUAUCCUCCUCACAUGAACACAAAGAUCUCACAAGCCGAGCUAGUGCACCCUGAUGAGCUUGAUGAGGAAUUUGACACAUUUCCAACAAGCAGGAAUCCGGAGCUGGUGAGAAUGAGGUAUGAUCGCCUAAGGAGCGUAGCUGGUAGAAUUCAGACCGUAGUUGGUGAUAUAGCUACCCAAGGGGAGCGGUUUCAGGCACUGUUGAGCUGGCGUGAUCCGCGUGCUUCAGCCCUUUUCGUGACAUUGUGCCUCAUAGCUGCCUUGGUGAUGUAUGUGACACCAUUCCAGGUAGUGGCAGCAUUGGUAGGCUUCUUUAUGAUGAGGCAUCCAAGAUUUCGCCAUAGACUACCAUCCGCACCCAUCAACUUCUUCCGCAGACUGCCUUCUAGAACCGACAGUAUGUUGUAAAUUAAGGCUCAAUGUUUCUUGCUGCAGGGAUCAUUAUUUACUGACUUUAAGAAGUGCCGAACCAUGAACUUCAUCUUUGUUGACAUUGUUGUUGUUCUGCUUGCUGUUUCUUGCUUCCUGUCUAGGGCCACUAGUGAGAUAUGUGGGAACAUGAAUAAGUCAAGUUGUAUCUGGCCUUUUCAGCCCUGCUUAAGUAAUAUAAACUUUUAAAGAAAA